AUGCUUCCUAUCCAAGGGUUUAGUGGUUGUUCUGUGGGCUGUUGUACAGUCCGAGGACUCGCUGAGCAUGUGCUCGGACUUCCGUUGCAGUAUCCAGGCGUCCAUCAAGAGUCGCAGGCCAGAGUGACUCAGGACUUGGCAAGGACGGAUCCGAAGCGGCAGCUCCUGCUGAUUUGGGACGCCAUGUGUGAUUUCGUUUCGGAGCAGUUGCAGCAUGGAAAAGGAGUGACCAUAAAAGACUUCGGGUCCUUCGUAUUUGAGAGACGUCUGGAAGCUACGCCCCCCAAAAUCCCCGAACUGGGGCACGCCCCAGGGGAAAAAGAAGUGAUAAUUCCGCGCUUUGUUGUAUCUGACACGCUGAUGAAGGAACUGACAAGGCAGCGUCCGAAGGAGGAUAUUCGAAGGCAGCAUAUCUCAGGGUCGAUAUUCCAGACGAAGAAAAUGACUGCCAUUAACCCCGUUUCGAUAGCAGCGGGCUGUUACAUGCGACGGGACCUAGUAGCGUCUGCCCUCACCGCGAUGUUCCGAGCCAUCAUUGAUCUUGUGAGAACAAAUUACGAUCUCGAAAUAAAUAUGAAGUUUGCAGUCAUUAGCAUCAAAAACAGAGCCCUGAAGUACAGCUUCCGCAAAGGCAUUCAGUUGUCCGCUCAGGUUAGUCCAUUUUUCCUUGUCAAUUGA